AUGGAUAUCUCGUAUACCUCGUCCUCACCAGCCCAAUGGCAUCCUCGAAACAACACUGCAAUCUUCGUCCACGCCUUGCACCUCCUCGACCUCGAUCUCCUCCCUGACUGGCCUCACAUCUCGGAGUCGAUAUUUCUUCCCCCGACAAGAGCCUCCGCCAAAACAAGUACAAACCCCGCCCAGCCCCAGAACCGCACAAAGUGCCUAGAAUGGGCCCUCUACCACCUCUUCCGCCUCUACUCCCCCUCGGAAACGGCCUCGAGGCUUUCACCGUAUUUUCCCCCCACCACGCCGAUACGGUCGAGGGAUUUGAGGGCCGGGCUGUACAAAUGGCUUGCGGAGUUGAAACAGAGCGGCGUGUUGCCCAGGGAAACGGUGCUGCGGAAGACAAUGCUGGAUGAAUGCAAAGGCGACAAGUUCGAGGAGUUGAUCGCAAGGUUCGCCAUGCUUGUGGUCAGAAAAACGCGGGCGCCGGGCCAGAGCGAUGCGAGCAGCAGCAGCAGCAGCAGCCUAGUAAAGCAGAGGACACAUGAUGUUGCGCACACGAAGAAGAGCAUCGAGGCAGGCAAGCACCAAGAUCCGGACUCAUUGGUGCCCUUGAUCCUCGCUCACCGGGUCUCUCUGCAGCGCUCGCUCCGCAAACACCAGGAUCUCACAGAGAAGGCGACAGCUUACGCGCAAAGGUUGGCACAGGUACGAAAGGGUGUCGCAAGUGGCUUGCGAGACAUUUCCCAGCCCUCGUCUGGCCCCGAUGACGCCCAGGACGUGUUAUCUACAACUGAAUACAUGUUGCUCCGUGAGCGAAUCAAUCUUGCAUUUGCGGGUGAUCGUCGCUGGGCGAGAUAUAUCUUCGAGGGCACCCCUUCUUCGUCGAAUUCAGCUUCUGCCCAAGACCUACCAGAUUGGCCCUUUGAGGAACAGGCCCCCUCCACACCCUCAUGCGAGGGAGUUGUGCCGUUGGCUGGUAGGAGGACGGUGGAUGCAGAAGAGGACGCCAAUCAACCUAUGCACCAACUCCAAUCUUUGAUAUCUCAGCAUCAGGAACGAAUUGCGCAUCUCACAGCCAUACGUGACUCCCUGCUCUCUACUUCUGGAUCCACAAAUGAGCCAGGACAGACACCGAAUAUGCCUACACUGUCAGAGACAAUUUUGAGGAAAGCAGAGCUUCAACCUCACGCUAACAGCUUGCCUAGCCGCCCAACGCGACGGUUCAACCGGCACCAAGAUCUCACCAUGACUUAG